GGGCCAGGAGCUUUGGCGUUUGCCGUUUGGCAUUUCGGGCUGGGGGUUAGGGGCGGUCGCGCCAGGCGGCAGGCGGCGAGGCUCCUCGACGGCUCCUACCGCCCCCGCCCCGUCCCCGUCUCCGUCCACGUCCCCGGCGCGCUCUCCGCCGCCUCUCACCCUCCUCGGCGGCUGUUUCGGGAGGCUCCUAAUGGACAUCGACUUCAUCUCUGUCUUAGGGAUUGUGCUCAGCGCCUGGGUUGUCCUCUCACCUGGGUGGAGGCUGGCUGGAUUUAGAAGGCAGCAUGGCCCCUUAGAGGAGUCACUAAUUGAGAAUGCUCAAGCUGAGAACGAGACUGAUCUAACCUACUGGCUUCCUUCAUGGUUUUUUCUCUCUGUUGCUGUGAUGGCACUUUGGUGCUGGUUUUUCUGGGGUGCUAGUAAGAUCACGGAAUCUGCAGGCUCGUGGCUGCGGUCUGAUCCAAAUAUCUCCAUCAAGAUUGUGAUUCCCGUCACUGUGGCCUUCAACAUUGUUUGGCUAGUGUGGCUGUGCCUUAUUAACUACAAAAAAACUUUGCUCUGUGUGGCUGCAGGAACUUUGGGCUUCAUCAUUUUCUGUGGUCUUGCACAUCUCUUGAAAGGAUCUGGUAGAUUGCACUUCAUUGGUUUUGCCGCUGUAGCUCUUACAGUUGCCAGUAACUUCUGCCGAAUGAAGUCUUCAGCCAGGCCUCAGUUCUCGACACUGGGUUUUACUGUGGCAAUAGCAGGUGCUGUAGCUGGAGUAUUGUGGAUCCGAGAAGGAUUUGCGGUUGAUGAUUUCUCAGCUGAUGCAGAUGAGCAUGGAUUUUUAAGCAUGCUAUUCAAGAAAAACUUUUUCUGGAAGGAACUUGCAUGUGAAGAUAGAGCAGAACUGGUUAUGGUUCCUACAGCAUGUGAAGCUGAAGAUGGGGCAGACUGGGUUGUGGUUUCGACAGCAACAGCAAGUGUCUGGAUCAGCUGAUGCCCACACAUGACUGCUACUUGGCAGGUCUGUUGAUCUAAUGAUCUGAACCCCGAAGACGGUUAUGUCUUGACCGCGCCUGGUACCUGACCAGUGCCUUGAGUUCAGGCACUCGCUCAGGCAGGCUGCUGUAACAUGUGAGAGCAAUGGCAGUGCUCAAAGUUUUCUGACUAGGCCUGGUCAACAAAAAGUAUUAGUCAUACUCAUACAUACUGCUAUACCGGCACUGGCAGUGCUGGCAAAAUCUGUGGACGAAGUUCAUGUUUGUAUAUCAAAUUAACCCAGCAAAUAAUGGUUUACGCUCAAUGAGUUGGGCAUGUAAGAGCAUGAUAGUAACAUUCAGGUGCUAA